GGUCACAGUGCCAAAAGUUCCACUUUUUGGUUUGACGAACCCUCCCCCCAGUCUCUGGUCAGGCAAAGGGCCUGGUGUUCCAUGAUGAGGAUAGCAUAAAGCUGCUUUAUAUUCUAUUUCUAACUUGUACCUGUGGGAGAUUUUUUUAAGGUGUUGGCUUUUCUUAGCUGAAAUAUUUGAGAAUGUUUAAAAACUCCCUGGAGCUCAUGCACACACUACAGGUACAUGGAGUGACAUCGUAACAUGCAUUGUUACAUGCACAAUUAAUGAAAUUCAGUUUGCAGAGGAAACAUGUUAAGGUACCGUACAUGUAUGCACAGCUAUGGUACAUUAUACAAGUAACUGACUGAAGUUCAGAAUUUCCAAUGAGGUUGCAGGGUAUCCACGUGUCCAGGGAUGAGUCAUCACUCAUUAGCAUUACAGCUCUCUCCAUACACACUCACUCAAGGUUUAUUAAUAAACAUCAAGGGGUCUGUAUAGAGACUGGAAUAAGGAAACCUUGGCUUUCCUUACUGGUCUGAGCUUCCAUGCAUACAUGUACAUGUAUACAUGUACGUUUACAUACAUGUAUGUACCCCCUUCAACUUCAGUCUACUGAUCUUCUAGUGGCACUUGCAUGCACAUUGUUAGUAUUAUGUCAGUGAAGAAACACCUGUCUCUGUGGCUGAUAAAUGGGCUGCCAAUACUAUACUGCAGGUAGUGUGAGUUGGAUAGUGGUUGGCCGUCCAUGAAUGUGAAAACAUGGCUACUGGUGUGGCUAGCAACUCAAAGCUAGCAGUGCAUGAUGGGAAGAAUGAUAACUCACCUUCAACUACUGGCAACUCCGUGGAGGUGGUAGGUAGUGUCAAGCUGGAUGUAGCAUGUAAGAAGUCUGCAGGAUCCACGGAACAACAGGAUGAUAGUAGUUGUAACAGCAGUUUUGGUGGUGAUGGUUCCAUGGUGCAUUGUGGGCAGCCUACCAGUGAGAAAGAGGAUGUUGUCAAGGAUGACGCGACUCUGCCCAAUGGAGGUCAGGCUCAACACCAGACUGGAAGCACAUCCCACAAUAUCACUUCCUGUUAUUGUCCACAUGGGCCUCUCAACCAGCCAGGGCGCCCAAAUAUAAAUCCUCGGCCCAUUCCCCGAAAACCUCAGACCCGUGUGCUGCCACCAAAACUGCCUCCAAAACCGCCACAUUUGCUUCGACAGAGAUCUCCUAGCUCUGACAAUUUGAUGGGCAAUUCAAACCAUGACAAACAAGGACAGGGUAGAGAUAAGCGAUCCCAGAGUGUCAGUGUUGUCAAUGUUCAUAGCCCACCUUCCAGGGAAGACUUCUCAGAGACCAAAUUGUUCAAGCGGCCAGUUCCAACCCCGCGGAAAUCACUGCCAAACAUUUUUCCUGAUCGAACUCCCUCAGACAUGAAGAGCCUGGAGCAAGCCAGUGCACACUUAAAGGUGCAGAAACCAGACUCUGAAAUGACUGCUGCAGGCCCUGCACCUGAACCCCAGUCGCCAUUUGGACAAGGGGAAAUGCUCAGCCCAAGGUCUGAAAGAGCAAACAGCUCCCCAGUCCACAGGCGAGACAUUGUCAAGAAGAAUCCAAGCAGGAGCUCCAAGCCAACUCAGCAUGUUCGAGUGAGAGAGAGAGCAGCAAUAUUUGAGAAAAUGAUUGAGGUAGAGGCCAUCAGAAACCGUGAUUCUCAAUCCAGUGAGCCAAGGUCUAGGACUUCAUCAAGGGCAUCUGACUUCAAAGAAACAAGUGGGCGUAAAUUAUUGGAUGCCUCUGGCAAUGUCUGUGGAAGCAGUGAUCGGUACCAUCCCUAUGUUAAUAUACAGCUGCAUGAUGGCAUACUUCUGUCUGAGAAUAUCCCUCGAAUGAAGGAUGCAUUCGUGGAAGAUGAAACUCUUUCUGUGACAUCUGUGUCAUCAGAUGACUUAUUCAUGUUGCCACAGUCGAGUAUGGAAAAUCAACCUCACCGUCCUCCAUCGCCAAAUCUGUCAGAAGAUGAGUAUGCUGAGGAUUUGAAAGAUUGGAAGAGAAAAUCAAGCAACACUGAGGUUUUCCUUCGAAUUGAUAGUUCAUUCAAGGAGACUAAAGAAUCAAAUAUUUCACACAGAGGAGCAGCUGAUACAUAUGUCAUCACAACAGAUUCUGAUGCUGGGGAUUCAGAGUACACAGACAUUGUAAUUCCUGAUCCAGUUGUAUCACAGAACAAUCAGAAGUCAAACGUUCUUCAAAUUUCAAAUUCAAAGAAGGUUUUCAUUUCAAAGCCAACUCCAGAUACUCAAGACUUAACAGGUGUCAAUACAGACUCAGAAUCAGUUCUGGACUCAGAUAUACCACAGAUUUCAGACAGGGAGUCUGAUUAUACCGAUGUCAUUGUCCCAGAUUGCAGCACAUCCCAGGACUCUACAUCACCCAAAGUGGCCUUAGAUACAGCAGAACCUUCUGUCAGACAUGACAAGCCAAGGUUCAGUCUUCCUACUGAACAGAAGAGGACAUCAUAUGCCUCGGAGCUUGUGAGACAUGACAUGCUGUCACCUGAGCAUGCGCCUAGCUUGCCAAAGCCUUUUCAUGGUGUUAACAAGUACAGGAAUGUCACCCCACUGUUCUGUUUUCCACCCAGGCAAGCUGAGACCUGUGACACAGCUGAAAGCAGGAAUGACACUGAGUCAGCAAAAACGGGACCAGCUCAUAAACAUCAAGGUGACGUAAUUAGGAUGGAAACUGACCAGGAUCAGGAAGGAAUGCAAAUGAGAUUGACUGAUAACUUGCAAAGUUCUACCAAUCUCCCCCUGGGAAUGAAGUCCCAAAUGGAAGGGGAUGACCAACAACAAGCUGACAGAGUACUGGUCACUGAAGACACUGCAAUGGCUACAGAAACCUCCAACAUGUUGCCAGAGCCCUGCCAGCAAGACCAACACAGCAAGUCACAUCCAACUGUGAGCAGUGAAACACAAUAUGAAGUCUGGCUCCCUGACUCCAUUGACCCAAUCAGCUUAAAAAAGCAAGAUGGAGUUGGAAACGUUUCCCCUAUGAUCAACAGUGACGUUUGUGGGUCACAGAUUGAAAAGUCGCAGGUUGCUGAACUGUAUGAAAAACGAUCACAGGAGUUACCAGAUAUAGAAGGCAGUGGUGAUGGUGAUGGAUCAGACAUGCUGUGCAAUCGAUCCAGGCGUCAACGCUUGGCAGUCAAAAAAAGAGAAUCAAAUUCUGCAGGCCAUGGACAGAAUAAAUGGCAGUACAAAUCAGCCCCAGCAUCUCUAGGGGGUUUAGAGCGACAAGAGGCCAUCACAGAGCUGCAUCUUCCUCCAGAGCUUUCCUGCCAAGCAGAUGGUAAUAAGAGACAUUCACAAGAGAGCUCAGGUGGCAGCACUAUAUCAUCUCUCAUUAGCAAUGUCUCAAUAGGGGAUACUGAUCAGCUGUCCUCAGAUGAGGAAGACUAUGACGAUGUCCAUGUGCCGUCCUCGGAUGUCUCUGAUGCUGAUGUCCCACGGUUGCCUCCACUGACAGAACCUAGAGACAGAGAGGUUGUGGGAGAAGAUGCAAGGCCACAACUUUGUAAAGAUGUUAGAAACCAUGGCGCUUACUCAACUCUGUACGAGGUCCGUUGCAGCAAGCCAGUGCAAGAGGAAGACAGUGAUGUUCUCCUUCAUGGAGAUAGUGAGGAUGAGGAUGCAAGCAAAAAAGAUGAAGAAGAUGAUGAGAAAGAUGAUCAGGUACCUAUUGAGAUUGAGAUGCAGCCCAUGAGAACAAAAUUCUCUCACUCCCCGGAAAAAGAGACCAGGCGCAAGGCUUUUGAGUUUCACAUCCCACUGUUUCUUAGAAAGAGCAGCUCAAUUGAGUCUACCAUGUCAGCACCAAAUGGUGAAGAACGAAGCAGCCACUCUCUGACUAUCCACAGUGAGGACAGUGACAUGAGCAGUGAUUAUCUUGAUGAGGUACCUCCCAUUUCAGGCACACUUAAUGCAAAGUACAGAUGUGACAACAGAAGAGACUCCAGCACCUCACAUGAGCUGUCCGAAGAUGGACUUUCUAGUGAGUCUGAGCACAGGGUGUCAAUGGACUCCCUGAAUCUGAGUGUGCAGUCUGAGCUCCAAGCUAGCCUCCGCAGGAGAGGGAGAAAGAACAUCGAGUGUGGUCGGCCCUUCUCAGAAUAUGAUCGUCCGGUCUCCAGCGUGUUAACAGAGUAUGACAGGCCAGCAUCCGACUUGUCAACAGAGUACGACAGGCCAGUUUCGAGUACCUCUGCAGAUUACAUCGGUGUCUUGGAUAGUUUUCACAAGGAUGGCAAGAAAAAUGAAGACAGUGAAGGUUUCUCCUUCACUUGGACUUUGGACCACAGUCAAGAAGGGACACAGCAAGAUGACAGUUAUCGUCCCAAAAGUGAAGAGCUGCCUCAGACAACACCAGCUAAGUACGCCUUGCCCCGGAAAGCCAGUCACUCCACCCAGCCUGUACCUGUCCUACCAGUGCCCCCAAAGGCCCUAAAGCCACCCAAGGUGCCCCGCCCCUACAGUGAACCCAGCCUCAAAAAGUCCAAGAGGAACAGUCUGGUCAAGAAUCUUCUAGUACCAAGCAAGGAGGAGAUAACUGAGCAGUUUUGUAAGAUAUCAAGACAGCGGUCACGCUUUGUGUCUCAAGAACCCCUGUUCCAGCUUUACCAGGAAGACGCCCGCAGCCGGGACUCCUACCUUCGCCUCAUGAACAUCUCCUCUCUGGAGGCUCUGACAAAGUUCCUGGAGAACCAGGAAGCCCUUAAGAAGGAGAAACGGGAGAGCCUGCCCAUCCCAAUCCCUUCUCAGCAGCCAGAGUAUCGCGUCCUGAUCCCUGAUGAGGAGGUAUACUGUUACCAAUCGGCAGAACAGUGCAGAUUAGAGGAAGCUGAUAAAGAUAGGUCCAAGUUGGAAGACGCUAAUCGCUGUACCUCCCGAUCACGGGGUGAGCUUGGUGAAGCUAUCUACCAGUCGGCAGAGCCUGUUUAUGAACCUCCUGGUGAGCUGUACUAUGACACAGGCAACCUCUUGCAGAACAAUACCAUAUAUGAGCCAGGGAGCCUGGGAAGCUCAACAGGAGAUGGGUCUGGUGGAAGCAGUUCAGAUGUGGACAUACCGAAGCCCUAUGGACUGAUGCAGCUCAAGAGUGGGGCCAGUGCAGUCCGACGAUCCUUCUGGAGUGAGCUGCCAGAGGUCAUUAAUAGCGGAUUGCUGGAGCAGAUGACAUCAGAGGAGAAGAGACUCCAAGAGGCGCUGUUUGAAGUCAUCACCUCGGAAGCUUCCUACCUCCGCAGUCUCAAUUUGGUUGUGGAACAUUUUCUGGAAGCCAUCACCCUACAGCCUCCAACAGGCUUACUAAACAAGGUCCAACAUCAUCGUCUGUUCUCCAACAUCAAGGGUGUACGAGAUGCCAGUGAGAGGUUAUUGUUAGAUCUUGAAGAACGACAGCAGGAUAGCAUCAUCAUCACUGAUGUUUGUGAUAUCCUCCUGCAACACUUUGAAAAAGGUGGUUUCAACUGUUAUAUUGUGUACUGUGCCAAUAACCAGUACCAGGUCAAGACUCUGGAGGAACUUAGGAAAAAUCCAUCAUUUGUGGAAGUGUUGAAGCUCCUUGAGAGCAGUCCUGCAUGCUGUAGUCUGGAUCUCCAGUCAUUCCUUAUGCUGCCAUUCCAAAGAAUUACCAGACUGCCAUUACUGAUAGAGGCUAUUCGUCAGCAGGCAAAGAUUGACAGCCCUCUACAUUCCACAGCCAUAGAUGCUGUAAAAGCAUUGCGAAAUAUGGCAGAAAAAUGUAAUGAGGAGGCUAAGAGAAUGGAGAUGAUUGAAGAAGUAACACAGCUAGCCAAUCAGCUGGACUUCAGGGAAGGAGUCAAGAAAAUGAACCUGUCCCAGACCACCUCUAUUGUCAAGAGAGGGCACCUCCACAUCAUCAAGAAAGACAACAAGAUACUCAAUCGAGGCAAACUGAUUGCAAAAGGCAUUUACAUCAUUGUUUUCACAGACAAAGUAGCUAUCUGCAAGCAGAGGAUGAAGGGUGAGCAGUUGAAAUAUGAAGUCUUUGACUGGUGCCCAAGGAAUCUCGUCCAGGUGGACUCUGUAGUGGACCCACAGCAGCACCCUAAGCUGCCAGAUGGCGUACCAAGCAACUGCAAGCAUGUUUUCAUCAUUUCAUUCCUACAGAACAACCAGAAGAAGGAGGUGGAGUUUGCUGUGGAUGCCAACUCAGAGGCAGAGAGGGAACGAUGGAUGGAUGCCAUGCACCCUGCGAAGCGGACUGAGGAUGGGGAGACCAUUUAUGAAUCUUGGGGUUAGUCUAAUGAUGCAACCAGGUUACUGUACUGUGACUUCUGUGAAGGGAUUGUACAGUACAUUGCAUUUGAAAGUUAACGUUGCGAAAAGGAAUGGGAAAAAUGUGAAAGGAAUUCACAUUUCAGAUUUUGACCACAACUUUCCGCCCUGCGAAUUCACAGUGAAUCGGAUGCAAAAGGGGCAAACGACAUGCGAACACAGUUUAAAAAUCAUGCAAAAGUGGUGCGAAUUUUUGCGAACAGGGUGUGAAACAUUUGUGAAAACAUUGAGAAAAAACAGUGUGCAAAAACAGUCUGAAAGUUUUGCGAAAGUGGUGCGAAAGGUUCCGAAAAUUAUGCAGAAACUUGCCAAAACGAGAAGCAUGGUGCAGCGAAAUGCUCCACACUGGCCCCAAGCGCACGGCUAUUACGCAGUGAAGAGUCCAUUACGCAGGCUGCUCUGCGCUUGGGGCAGGCCGGGGCCAUCUCACCACGUGGAGUGUGGUGUGGUAGUCUAGCAGCGAUACACGCACUCGGCCGAGCCAUCCGGUCCAUGCAGCUCGAACUCGAGCACGUGCUCACCACGGCAAGCCGUGCUCGCGUGGCGCACUUGUUU